AUUUAUAGGUUAGUUAAAAAGCCCGGUUUGAAAUUUAUCUGUCUAUCUACUUUCAUACUUAAAUAAUAAUGAUUUCUGUCUCUGAAGAAAAAAUAAAAGCUAUAGGCGGUGUUUUAAAUGAUCAAACAAGACCGUUAAAGGAAAGAUUUAGAGCUUUGUUUACAUUGAAGAAUAUUGGUGGAAAAACGUCUAUUGACUGCAUAAACGAGUGUUUUAGUGAUCCUUCUGCUCUUUUAAAACAUGAAUUGGCAUAUUGUUUGGGUCAAAUGCAAGAUGCACAUGCAUUACCUAUUCUUGUCAGUGUUUUGGAUAAUGAGUUGCAAGAGGAUAUUGUGAGGCAUGAAGCAGCUGAGGCUAUUGGAGCGAUUGGAACCCUGGAGGAUGCCAAGCUAAAAGAGCUAUUGCUGAAGUAUAAGGAUGAUCCAGUGGUGGAAGUGGCAGAGACUUGUCAGCUGGCUCUGCAGAGGAUGGAGUGGUUUGAGUCACACCCAAAAGAGAGAGUGAGUCCGUUCAACUCGGUAGACCCGACGCCUCCCAGCACCACGACCGACGUGGCUCAGCUCCGGCAAGUGUUACUGGACGACAACGAGACUCUGUUUAAUCGGUACCGAGCGAUGUUCGCGCUCAGGAAUAUUAACAAUGAGGAGAGCAUCUUGGCCCUGUGCGAAGGUUUAAACUCCGGAGGCAGUCUGUUCCGUCACGAGGUGGCAUUCGUGCUCGGUCAGCUGGCAGAACCUAGGAGUGUUCCAGCAUUGACCGAGGCUCUGGAAGACCUCAGUCAGCAUGAGAUGGUGAGACAUGAAUGUGCCGAAGCUCUGGGAGCUGUAGCCUCGGAGGACUGCCUUGGCGUGCUGCGGAAAUACCUCUCAGAUGACAAGCGUGUGGUGAGGGAGAGCUGUGAGAUAGCACUGGAUAUGUGCGAGUAUGAGAAUAGCCCAGAGUUCCAGUAUGCAGACACACUGCUGAAAGUUUAAGAAUCUCGAUUUGUUAUCUUUAUAUUAUAUAAUAUAUAUAUUUGUAAAACAGUAUUUGUACAACAAUAUGUAAAUAUACAUAUAUUUUAGGA